UUUGACGUUUACCAAAAAAUAUUUCACAACUCAUUCAAUUAUAACAAUAAUCACAAAAUACAUCAAAAAUGGAUGAGGAAAUAACGUAUCCUAAUCAUUUUUCGAAUAUAAUAUCACCAGUUUUAGAUAUAAUCACCAAUUAUGGAUGGUAUAUGCUAAUUUCACUUGUGAUAACUUUCUAUUUAUACGACAAAUACCUCAGAUCUUUGGUUCGAUCGUACAAAGCUGAAAAGGACGAGGCCGAAUACUCAGCAAAAUACCAUAAAAAUCCCGAUUUGCUCUCGGAGAGACUCCGCGCGCAGGAAAAACGAACCCUAGAAUUACAAGAAAAAUACAAAAGGGACCUUGAAUUGUUUAAACAGAAACAACAAGAAAAAGAAGAAAAGAAGGUUAACGAACUAUUAGACAAAUACAAUAAUGGCGGAAAUACCCUGGGUCCUAGUACUUCGAAAAGAUCCCAAUCAUUUAAACCAGAAUAUAAUCCUUUGAUGGGUAGCGGCAGUUCAUCCACGUACAAAGCUCCAAAGAGGAGCGCUUGCGGCGGCGGCGGUUGCGGCAAAUAAACAAACACACUCGUUAAUAUUUAGAGCAUUAUUAUCUAUUUUUUUAUUGGGAAAUAACCAGGCAAUUACAAUAAACCCUGUCGUUUUAAAUCUUCGUAAGUCUUCCUAUUCACCACGUUCCCUUGCGAAUCCUCGUAUUCCUCCUCAGUCUCCGGCUGCCACCUCUCGCUUUGCUUCUGCACCUUCAGCUUUUCCCACACUGAAAAAAACAACGCAACGAAAUUAAAUCGAAUACAACACACAUUUUAAUCUCCACUUACGAGCCAAAGCGUCCUCGAUCUGCGUGACAUUAGCGAAAUGGGCCGUAUUCGGUAUGCCCAAACAACGCAUCCCGUGCGCGUGCCUCCAUUCGGCGAAAUGCCUUUGAAACGCCUUGGGGCCCUUGUACACGUAGUUACCGCAUAUCUCGCAAUUGUAGCUGAUGUUCAAACCGUGCAAUUUGUACAGCCAAUACGGAAUG